UAUUUUAUUAAGAACGUUCUAGGCACAAUAGCAGGGCACUGAUUGGUUCCAAGUGCCAAUAAGAAAGUCUUGUCUCAAGUGCCAUUAAUAAUGAAGCACCAAAGUUUUAUUUGUGAUAAUACAAGUACAGGGAUAGAGCAGUAAUGUUUUAACUAGUAGAACUCUAGUUACAAAAAAAAAUUUUUUCACAUUUUUACAUUUUUUUUUCAAGGAAGUGCGAAAAAUAAAUAUGAGGAAAAAAAACUUUCAGUAUUGAUGUAUGUUUCUUACACACUGCCAGCUUGAGGUGAGAUGUCAAGUUUACUGCUGAACUUCCUGCACUUCUAAGGAAGAAAUGGCUUUCGUAACAUUUUCCAGACACACGCUGUUUUGUGUUCGUUCUCUAACUUUUUUUUUACUAUUUUUGAAACCCAAAGUAUGUCUUUCCAUUACAAAGAUGUUAUACUGAUACAAACAACAGUUUACAUGCACUCUGAUUACCACACAAACUGUGCAUGGAAUUGGAGGAUAUUGAUACUUCGAACUCCAGAGGGAAGCACUGUUCCGUACAAGGACCAUGCGCCAUCUAGUGACAAAUGUUCGCAACAUUUUCUCCAUGAUUUGGAACUUGGAACGAGUCUAGGGACGUGCUACAGAGUACGGAAAUCGCAACAAAUUUGAAAACGCGUUUUAUGGAGAAAUGGCACUUAUAGUGUUGACAUUUCCACUCUUCAUCUAACGACGACUUGGUAAUAAGAUCGAAACCGGUAAUGAUGCCACUUCUCGUGACCUGUAGAUGAAAUACCAGUUAAUAGUUUAAAAAAGUCCCAAAGAAAAAGUUCUUCAGCUUCUUAUGUCACGUUGUUUUCCUGUAGCGACAAUGAAAGUAACUAAAGACUGGUACCACUUUCUCACGCUCAAUUGGUGAAUUGAACUUAUGGAAGUAGUUGUACCCUCCGACUCUCCACAGUGGCGGCUGAGUGUAAGGAGGUGUGGAGCUAUUAGCUGAGUAUGUGCGCGUGUGUCGGAGCUGAAGCGUGAGCUUCGCGACAGGGACGGCGGUAAAUUGGGAAAGAUUGUGAUUUGUGAGGAGAGCAGUUGUGUGCCGGCCAGUGGGCAGAUAUGUGUCGAGCGCGUGCUGCGCUCUGUGUGUGGCGGAGGUCGGCGCCUGGCCGCGGCAUGCCCGCUUGAUAGAGUCGGCGGCGUAGGUUAGCCGAGGUCGCGCCGCCACCACCACCACCAUUCGCUGCCGCAGACUUUGCCAGCGCCGCUCUUCGUUGCGAGGCGUCCCCUGCCGCUGCCGCCGCCGCUGCCAUGGAAACCAAGGUCUCUCUCGGCUGGAAGCACCUCAACAAGGAGACCUUCGGCACAGGAGAGCGUGCCAACUAUGUCAACAGUCCUCAUGUCAUUGCUAUGGUUGGGCUGCCUGCCAGAGGCAAAACAUACAUCUCCAAAAAGCUUUCACGAUACCUGAACUGGAUUGGCAUCAACACUAAAGUUUUCAAUUUAGGAGAAUACCGCCGUCAUGCAACAACAGCCUACAAAAGUCAUGAAUUCUUUAGACCAGACAAUAAAGAGGCAAUGGCCAUACGCACACAAUGUGCAAUUGACGCAUUGCAAGAUGUGUGCUCCUGGCUGGAGUGUGGUGGAGAAGUGGCGGUAUUUGAUGCAACAAAUUCCACAGCUGACCGUCGAAGAAUGAUACAUGAAAUAGUUGUAAAUAAGAUGGGUUUCAAAUUAUUCUUUGUGGAAUCUGUGUGUGAUGAUCCUCAGAUAAUAGAGCAAAAUAUAAUGGAAGUGAAAGUAAGCAGCCCAGACUAUCAGAACAUGAAUAAGGAAAUGGCAUUGAAAGAUUUUCUGAAACGUAUAGAACAUUACCAGGAAAGAUAUCAGCCCUUGGAUGAGAAAUAUGAAUCCAACCUUAGUUUCAUGAAAAUAUACAAUACAGGUGAAAAGGUGGUAGUACAUAAACAUGAGGGACAUAUACAGAGUCGAAUUGUUUACUACCUAAUGAACAUACAUAUAACACCUCGUACUAUUUAUCUCACAAGGCAUGGUGAGAGUGAGCAGAAUUUAGAAGGACGAAUUGGUGGAGACUCUGAGCUUUCCUAUAGGGGGCACCAGUAUGGAGCUGCACUGUCUGCAUACAUUCAGCAGCAAGAUAUACCUGGUCUUCGUGUUUGGACUUCUUGGCUUAAGAGAACCAUACAGACAGUUGCCAAUAUACCUGCACCACAGGAAAGGUGGAAAGCUCUUAAUGAAAUAGAUGCUGGAAUUUGUGAAGAGAUGACAUAUGAAGAAAUAGCUGAGAAAUACCCUGAAGACUUUGCUGCCCGUGACCAAAACAAAUUUAGUUAUCGCUACCCGAGGGGAGAAUCUUAUGAAGAUCUGGUUGCACGGCUGGAACCGGUCAUCAUGGAAUUGGAACGUCAGGGCAAUGUCUUGGUUGUUAGUCAUCAAGCUGUGUUACGCUGUUUGCUUGCUUAUUUCCUUGACAAGUCAGCAGAUGAGCUACCGUACCUGCAAGUUCCUCUACAUACAAUCAUUAAGCUAACACCAGUGGCAUAUGGAUGCAAAGUUGAGCACAUAAAGCUUCCUAUUGAUGCAGUUGACACACAUCGUCCUAAACCGAAGAUUCCUGGGACGCUAGAGGACAGGUUCAAGCGAGCAAAUUUUGGACGUAUUGUGCCCUCUGUGAUGGUCAACUCUGACGCAUCUUGAUGCUUGAUGGAAGAACUAGCUCCAGAAAUGGCUUCACAUUUGGACCAGUAUUGUAACUGACUCUACAAAAUAUAAAUGUGAUUUCAUAACAAGUAAUUAAGUGUGUUAACAGGUAUAACACAGUCAUUGGUAUUCUGAUUCCAGAUGUUUAAUUACAGAUAAGUAAACACUGAGAGACUUUUAUACCCUUAUCUAUUGAUAAAGGUUGAAACUGAUGGUCUCUUGUUGAUUUUUCUAGGAUUGUCAGCAUGUGUACCUAAAUGUUGAUUUUAUUUGCAAGAUUUACAAAGUUCAACCCCUUCCUAAUUACUAAAAGAUUAGUUCAAUUUAUAUGUGAUAUGCUUUAAAUUUUGUCAUUUGCUUGUAUUAAAAAAAACUGUAUUUAACAGUUACAGUAUUAUUUGAUUGAUUGCUCUAUGCAAUACAUAUAACUCAGUACAAGGUCUGACAAUCCUGAUAGUUGUUAGUUUUAAAGAUAUUGGUUCCAUAUUUGAACAAUUACUCUGUCUCAUCCUUUUAGAAAAUCAAAUCACUUUGUGACUACAGUAAUGAUACGAUUUGUAGAUGUUAAUGUAUCUUUGUUUUUAUAUAACAAAUUUAAAAUAUCUUUGUGAAGUAUGUACGAAUAUUUUGUCAUAAUUUUUUUAUUAGGAUGAAUAAUAGCCUCAUUAAUGUAUGGUUCACAAGUAUGAGUGUGUGUACAUGUUACAGUGUAUGUGGCCAAUUUAAGGCACACCUAUGUAUUUUGUGCAGUGUAAGACAAAAGUAAAUUGGUUUGCUGGGUGCUACUCAAGUAAGUGGAUUAUAUUGUGUUCAGUCAUUUGGACGAGUAAAGAAUGUUCAUGACAUGCCCAUGUGCUGAAUGAUUCUGCAGUAGCGGGACUACUACAGUAAAGAAAAAUAAUUAAUUUUCGUUCUUAAAUAACUUAAUGACUGGUGGAAGACACUGUGAAAUCAACACUGUCACAGUCAACAGCAUUAACUGUUUGUAUGACUGUGGCAAUUACCAACUAGAUUACUGACAGGUCACUUCAGUUGUAAGCUUUCUUCUCUGUUAUCCAGCAUGCAGUAUGUCUGCAUAGGUUUUGUAACAUAGAGUUACUGCCAGAAAGCCUAAAAAUACUGUCACAGUGGCAACUGUUUGAACUCUGUGAAGAAAGGUAGAUUUUUCUUGUUUCUGUAACUUUGCCUGCAGCAUAGAACUUGUACUGCAUAGAAAAAAGAACUCUUUGUGUGAUGAACAUGAAAUGUUUUGUUGUGUAAAACUUUGCUUAAGUUUUCUUUAGUUCCAAAGUAAUGAUAUUGUGGGUGUAAAAAGAAAGAUCCAGGAGCUGACUACAGCUUUUUUCAUUGUUUCUAUGACUAAUGGGUUGGUAAAUCCAUGUUUUAGUUAUAUUACAGUAAAAAGCCAUAUCCGAGUGUAGAAUGAAUAUCAGUAACAUAUCGUGUAGUUUCAAGGGACUGUUAUUUAUUAAAUGAACUUUAAAGAAUAUGUUUUGUUCUGUAUGGUAAUAUUUAAGACUUUAAUAUUUGACUUCUUUGUUUAUAUUAUGUAAGUAGAAACUGUGUGAUAUCAACUAUACAGAAUAUUGUUUGCAUGUUUUAACUUAUUUAUGCCUUGUGUUAAUUGAUGUGAUUUCUUUUAUUGGACAUAUUGUUUAUCUCUACUGAUUGUAGAGCAUCUUAGAUAAUGAAGUUAUUAUUGUUCAGUCAUUAUGUAAAAUAAUUUGCACUUUCUGGGAUGUAGGAGGUGCUUUAGCAAGAAGUGAGUUGAGGUGUCUUUCACUGAUGGUGCUGAAUGAAUGUCCUAUUCUUCCCUCCAGCAUUUAAUGCCAAAUUGAAUAAUGAAGGUUUCAGAGCUUAAUUUCAAGAGAUAAUUAAAUUUGUGGGUUUAAUCAUGAACAAUAUAGUUAAAUCUAAUUACGAUUUGUUAUUCAGACACAUAACUUGACUUGGAGUUCUAGACACUGUGAAUGCUGGACUAAUACACUGAGCUGAGUUAGUUCCCGAAUGAAAUGAGGCAUAGCAGGGAAAAACACUUUUAUACUAUGAAAGAUAGUAUGAAAUAAAAUAUCUACGUAAAUUUGUAAUAUUUUCAGAAAGAAAAUAAGAUAUAUUUUGUAAGGAUAUGAAUUUUGGUUAUCUGAAAUUGUGUCUCAGUUAAUUGUAUCACUUUUAUUUUUCAGUCUUAUAUGACUGGAAUCAUCUGUAGAAUUACAUUUUGCAUUUUGGACGGAUAUUGAUCCUAACAGUCAAAGUAAAACUCUUUGAUCAUUACAACAGUUUUAUACAGCCAAAGGUUGAACAUCUAAAGGCUACAAUACAUAUUCUAUUUAUUGUUUUGUAAUUAUAAAUUUUACUGGUCUUGUUAUAUAUUUACAAAAAUAAAAAUUUCAAAACAG